GGUUAGAACUCACUAAUUCAAACAAAUAGCAGCAAGCAGCCACUGUUGGCUGUAGCAGAUGAUUAAAUCACAGCUCCUUAAUUGGGACAGCAUUUGCACAGUCAGGGUAUCUCGCCAGUCAUCUCCAGGAAUCCGUGAGGAGUUGUCUAAGUGAGCGUUUUCUUGUGUUAGUGAAGGCAAGGACCAGAGCAAGCAAGGGUUUGGCAGAAGCCCCAAGAUGCCGUUGGAGAAAGGACAGGCCAAGAAGAGCCUCAAGCAGAGACUGGUCCUGAAGAGCAGCCUAGCCAAGGAGACACUCUCGGAGUUCCUGGGCACGUUCAUAAUGAUUGUCCUUGGAUGUGGCUCUGUUGCUCAAGCUGUGCUGAGUCGAGGAGCUCUUGGUGGAGUCAUCACCAUCAAUAUCGGAUUUGCAAUAGCAGUUGUGAUGGCCAUUUAUGUGACUGGAGGUGUCUCUGGAGGCCACAUCAAUCCAGCUGUGACUUUUGCAAUGUGUCUCUUUGGAAGGAUGGAAUGGUCCAAAUUCCCAUUUUAUGUGGGAGCCCAGUUUUUGGGAGCCUUUCUGGGAGCCGCAGCCCUAUUUGGCAUUUACUAUGAUGCAUUCAUGGCCUUUGCUGGUGGAAAAUUGAUCAUUGUGGGAGAAAAUGCAACAGCAUUCAUCUUUGCAACAUACCCAGAUCCGCGCAUAUCCCUGCUGAAUGCAUUUGCAGACCAAGUGGUAUCUACCAUGUUCCUCCUUCUGAUUGUCUUUGCCAUUUUUGACUCCAGAAACAUGGGGGUCCCCAAAGGCCUAGAGCCUGUUGUCAUUGGCCUCCUGAUCAUUGUCCUUUCUUCUUCUCUGGGAUUCAACACUGGCUGUGCCAUGAACCCAGCUCGAGACCUUAGCCCCAGACUCUUCACUGCUCUGGCAGGAUGGGGAUUUGAAGUCUUUACAGUUGGAAAUAACUUCUGGUGGAUUCCUAUCGUGGGCCCUAUGGUUGGGGCUUCCCUCGGAGGCCUCCUCUACAUUCUUUUCAUCCAAAUGCAUCACUCAGACCCUGACCCUGAUGAGAAGGAAGAGCCAUCUGAGGACAAGCCUGAGAAAUAUGAACUCAGUGUCAUCAUGUAGUGAUGUGCACAGUUCUAUUUGCCGUUUGUUUAGCUCUGUCUUCAGGAAAGACGGUAUCCAUAUAUAUUCCUGUGUUUUGAUGAGAGUGGGGUGGAAUCUACCUGUUUUUCUCCACUCGACAUUUGGGAUGACCAGUUAUAAAAGCGUUCACUGGAAGGCUUGAAAACACUGACCUCUUACCCAUCAGUCAUCCCUUCCCAUAAUAGUACUGACUGAUUGUCCCCUGAACCUUUCCUGACCUGUUCAUUGCAUCCUUGAUGGGAAUCCUUCCUCCCAGGUGAUCUCGAAGUACUUGGAAAUUUGACCGUGGACUUAGAUGGUCUCAGAUAUAUUCAUUACUUGUAUGAAAUAGUAUCAGCCAAAGCUUUGUCUUCAUAUUUACAACUACGAUAUUCUGAAAGUCAACUCAUACCUAAACUGAAAGGCCAAGCAGUGGUUGCAGUUAGUAUCAGUGAACUGCGGAGUAAAGGGCUAACACUCUAGCUAAUGUGAGCAGCUGUCACUGUCUUUGCAUAAAUACUGAUAAUCUCCCAAUCUAGGGCUACAGCAAGUCAGUAAGCCUCAGAAGGCUCCUGGAGAGCACAAAGCAAGGACACCGUGGUAUCUGGAAACCUCAGGACACAAGAUAAAUUUGGGAAACCAAAUGCAAAUUUUUUAAUGGAAACCAUUUAUCAGUUUAAUCUCUCUCUCUCCUCUGCGUUUUAGAUGCGACCAAUUAACUUCAAGGUCUUUUAGUAUAUAAUAACUUAAACUAUGACUGUAACCUCAGUCAUGAAAAAUGUAUCACUCUUGUCUUUUUAGCUCAAAUGUAUUUUCCUAAUGGCCCACCUGAGGACAGACAUUUGACAAGUCUACGUCUGCACUCACUCGUGCCUUAGGAGCCCAAACUGAAAGCCAGUGGAGCCUGGCCUGGCAGGCUGUUCAAAGCAGAAAAAGUCCCAGGACGGAAAGUAUUACCUCAUCAGGCUUUAUCAUUCACUAAACUCUUUCACACACAUUAUUGAACUAGAUCCCCAUAGCAACUCUAUGAGUGAGGCAGAUACCACAAUGGCCAUUUUUCAGACAAAAAUCUCACAUGAGUUAAGCAAGUGGCUCAUUAUUUUGUGGGAUGUUAAAUGUGGCCUCAAGCCCCCCUCUGCCUCUCAGAAGCUUAAGAGCUGACCAAGGGUUGCUGCCAUCCUUUUUUGACUGACCUGAAACAAAGGGAUCAGCAGCUUCCAGAGUAUGUAUAUUUUACAGAAAUAAUGCCUCUAGGUCUUAGGGCAUAAGAUCUUAAGAAGCCACAUCUCUGCUGUGUUCUCACUGUUACUGAGGCACAGAUGAUGGGUGGAGGUAGCAGUCUGAUUGAUAGCUUACAUCUGCCAGACAACAUGAUCAGAGGGUUUUUCUUCCUCGGCCACUGUUGGUCUUGCUGAGUCCUAGUCUUCCUUCCCUGCCAGCCGCGAACAUUACACUUGGGGAACUUCCUCCUCCUCAGCCUCUUCCCCAGGAAGUUCUCUCACUGAUAUUACUUUCAACCAGAGGGAGCCUCCAUGAGUUGCAAGUACCAGGAGAAUUGCUUCACAUCAAGUGAUGUACUUUCAGUCCAACUGUUAAAAGCCCAGCAUUCCUAGAGGCAACAAGUUUCCCUGGUGCUUUGCAACAACAGAAGCAAAUGGAAAACGUCUGUGGUGCCCUGUGUUGUGCAAUCUGUGGACAUGUGGGUUUGUUUUUGUGCUCCGAAACUACCUGGAUAUUUUCUAUUUGAAAUAAAAUUUGGGGGAUUGUUAUCAUG